AUCAGUUGGGAGCCAUUCCACAAGCCUUUGGUUGCCGCGAUCCUUGAGAAUGAAAGGAUCCGGAAGGGUCUAUUCCCCGGACCCGGAGCAAACCCUUCGUCGCAGAAAGGGGGUGGCACCCCGAAGACAGAGCACUACUGGGCACUCGCUCAGAUCGUAUUCGGCGAGCACCCU